AUGAGCAACUCCAAGAGAAGAAUCGAAACGGACGUGAUGAAGCUGCUGAUGAGCGACCACGACGUCGAGCUCGUCAACGACAACAUGCAGGAGUUCCACGUCAAGUUCCACGGUCCGGACGAGACGCCGUACGAGGGCGGCGUGUGGCGGUUGCACGUAGAGUUGCCGGACAACUACCCCUACAAGUCGCCCAGCAUAGGGUUUGUCAACAAGAUCUACCACCCCAACAUCGACGCUGCGUCCGGGUCGAUAUGCCUGGACGUGAUCAACUCGACGUGGAGUCCGCUGUACGACCUGCUGAACAUCCUCGAGUGGAUGAUCCCGGGGCUGUUGAAGGAGCCAAACGGCGCCGACCCGCUCAACAACGAGGCCGCCACGCUGCAGCUCAAAAACAAGGAACUGUACCACGAAAAAAUCCGCGAGUUCAUCGACAAGUACGCCACGGAGGAGCGGUACCGCAGCACGUUUGGCGGAGGCGACGAGAGCGACGACGCCGGGCUGGACGACGACGAGAGCGACGACGAAAUGCUCGACGACGAAGACGCUGGCCAUGCCGCAGGCCGCCCGCGCCCCAGCGACGCCGAGCUCUCCGAUCCCGAAGACUACCACGACGACGACGACGACGACGACGGCAACCUGAGCGACGAGCUGACCAACAUCCAGGUCAGCGACGAUGAAAUCAUCGACGACGACGGCGACUACGACGACGACGACUAG